UACGAGAUUCGGUUAGUUUUGUAGCGUUGGCGAAGUGAAGAGAGUUUGUGGAUAAUAAUGUUGAUAACUGUUAGGGAAGCUUCAUGUUCUUCUCCCCUCAAUUUCUGGCUUAAUCGUUUCAAACCAAAACCUUUUAAACCAUUGAAAACAUCCAUUUGCCAAGCCAGUUUCUCUGUCCAAAGAACACCCACUCAUUCAUGGAAAACUCCUCAUCUCUCAACAAGCAGUGAUGAAGCACAUUUUGAUCCCUUGGGUAUCAACUCAGAUUUACCUUCUGCUUUGAAUUCUACCUGGGAAAAUCUGUUGUGCUUGUUUACACAACCGUUUGAGAGUACUUCAAGUACAGAAAAGGGAAAACCUAACAACUCACAAGGGGUGGCAGCUGCAAUAGAGGAUAGUUCAAUAGACUUUGGUGACUUUUUUAAAGGUCCACUUCCAGGGAAGUUUCUCAAACUUUUAGGGCUUCUUGCCUUGUCACGGCUCGGAGUUUACAUACCCCUAGGUGGAGUUAAUAGGGAUGCUUUUGUUGGAAAUUUAGAUCAGAACAGUUUGCUAAGCACUUUGGACUCGUUUUCUGGUGGUGGUAUUGGUAGACUUGGGGUAUGCUCCCUUGGUAUUGUUCCCUUCAUCAAUGCACAGAUUGUUUUCCAGCUUCUUGCACAAAUAUAUCCUAAAUUGCAAGAUCUUCAAAAGAGAGAAGGUGAGGCUGGAAGAAAGAAAAUUCUGCAGUACACUCGAUAUGCUUCAGUCGGAUUUGCCAUUGUGCAGGCAAUCGGCCAAGUUCUUUACCUACGUCCCUAUGUCAAUGACUUUUCUGUGGAGUGGGUUAUUUCUUCUGUAAUCUUAUUGACUCUUGGCUCUGUGUUUACAACAUAUAUUGGGGAACGAAUUACAGACCUAAAACUUGGGAAUGGUACUUCUCUUUUGAUAUUCACAAACAUUAUAUCCUACUUGCCAGCUUCUUUUGGUAGGACAAUUGCACAAGCAUUUAAUGAUGCUAACUAUGUUGGACUUGCUACCAUUAUCGUGUCUUUCGUGUUUUUGGUGGUUGGUAUCGUUUAUGUUCAGGAAGCAGAGAGAAAAAUCCCUAUUAACUAUGCUUCUAGAUACGCCAGCAAAAGUACUGGACUUGAAAAGUCUGCUUACCUACCCUUUAAGGUAAAUAGCUCUGGAGUAAUGCCUAUCAUCUUCUCUACGUCGUCAUUAGCUCUUCCUGGUACUUUAGCACGCUUCACUGGUUUAACUGCUUUAAAGAAGGCUGCGGUGGCACUAAAUCCAGGAGGUUCCUUCUAUCUUCCGUUCAACAUACUUUUGAUAGCCUUCUUCAACUAUUAUUACACUUUCCUACAAUUGGACCCUGAUGAUGUGAGUGAACAACUGAAACGACAAGGUGCUUCAAUUCCACUUGUCAGACCAGGCAGAAGUACAGCUACAUUUAUCAAAACAGUUCUUAGUAGAAUAUCAGUUCUGGGUUCAACAUUUUUGGCUAUCUUGGCUGCUGGUCCAGCAGUUGUAGAACAGAUCACUCACUUGACUGCAUUUCGGGGAUUUGCAGGAACUUCUGUUCUUAUUCUUGUUGGUUGUGCAACAGACACGGCAAGAAAAGUUCAAGCUGAGAUUAUAUCUCAAAAGUACAAGAACAUAGAGUUCUAUGAUUUUGAUAAAUAUUGACAGCUAAAAGGAUUAUUUACAAAACUAAAAAAAUUCUGCCACAUGAUUCUCCCCAGAGGAAAUGCUGCUAAAAGCCACCCGUCGUACAACAGUGUGUAACUUUACAUUUUAUAUCGGCCUGUAAAUAACGCUGUAGAGCAGCCAUUUGCUUUAUUUAUAGUUAGAAUGAUUGCUCGAAAAAUUAAUCCGGUUUGGUGGUUCUGUGUAACAUGUAGCAACCGGUCAUCAUUUGUUGCAAUUUUAUUAACGUUAUUAUUGGCA